AUGGAGACAGUGACGGUGCGAAUGGCAAGAGGCGAUCGCAGCACCUCGUGGGGUUUUGGUGUCACUGAAGCACCAAACCGUGACGUUAUCAUUGUGAACGUCGUUGGCGGCUCGUUGGCGGAUCGCGCCGGUCUUCGAGACGGAGAUAUCAUCGAUCAGCUCGAGGGACUUGGAAACCUCGACAUCAACGCCGUUGAUCGUCUUCUCGUCACAUCACGCGAUAAAAUCGAGCUUAUUGUACACAGGUACUACUCAUUUUUACCCAUUACAGCGCUUCUCAGGACCACUCAAGAUGUACUCAUGUGUUUGAAAAAUCUGAGCUACUAA